AUGGAAUCUUCCGGCCCCCAACCAAACACGGAAGCCAACGUUGCUCCACUACCUCCGAAUGACGCCGUGAUGAGCCUUCGAUUGGGGAAGGCCAAGACGGUUGGCCCGUCUAGAAUCCGUACGGCGAUUAACAAACAACCGCAGCAAGGACUGGUUCAAAUUACAGACCUCGGACUUGUCGGAGAUGAACAGUGCUAUGAAUUCCACGGCGGAGUUGACAAAGCGAUUCAUCAUUAUUGUUCCAGCCACUACCAAACCUGGAACGAAGAAGCCCCUGGCCGCGAGCAUCUUUUCAAAGUUGGGGGCUUUGGCGAGAAUAUCUCCGCAGCAUACAUGCAUGAAGGAAAUGUCUGUGUAGGAGAUAUUUAUCGCUUAGGAAAACAUGUCCUCGUCCAAGUCUCGCAGCCUCGGCAGCCUUGCUACAAGCUAAAUCAUCGAUUCGAGUACAAGAAGACAUCCAAGUCUUGUCAGAACUCUGGCCGAACAGGGUGGUAUUAUCGCGUUCUCCAACCAGGCUAUGUGGCAGAGGGCGACCAAAUCGAGCUUGUCGAGCGCAUCAACCCUACUUGGUCUCUUUCGCGAGUGCAGAAUUUCCUCUAUCAUGACCCGGGAAAUGCCGAGGCCUUGGCUGAGCUUAGCUACCUUCCUGCACUGGCAGCAGAGCUGCUCACUUUGUUCAGCACUCGACUGUUACAAGGCGUUGAGGAUAUGCAAGGUCGACUCGUCGGGGAUUUGGCACCGACAGCCUGGCGGUCGUUCAAACUUGUGGAAAAGACAUCUUUGACAUCCAGAGUUAAAAGAUUUGUGUUUGUUGAUGCCGAUGGCAGCAUGGAGCCUGCGGAUAUGGAGUUGUCAGCUUUUGCACACGUCCGCUUGAAGUUUGGCCCUGGUUCUUGCUAUUCAAGGGCAUAUUCAGUCGUGUCUGGCACCUUUGAGAAAUUUGAACUUGGCAUAGCUCUGGACGACAACUCGCGAGGCGGAUCGCGUUACUUGCACAACAAUCUCAUGGUUGGGGAUAUCAUUCAGGUUGCAAAGGGCAAGCAAGCGGUAGCGGCGCAGGACAGUAUCGAAACCGAGGAUAUCAGGAAGCAUAUCUUCAUCAUCGGUGGCAUCGGUAUUACUGCUUUCCUUGCUGAGAUCAGGGCGCUCAUGAACUCGACAGUCCAGUUCGAGGUGCACUACGCUGUGCGGAGCCGACGCGAUGCAUGUUAUCUUGACAGCCUUGCUCUUGACUGCACGACUAUCUAUGCGAAAGAUGAGGGACGAAGGCUUGAUCCUAAUUCCAUCAUUCACGGACCAAGCAAGGAGCUGGUAGUCGACACCAAAGUUUACGUCUGCGGCCCAUCUUCCCUACUUGACGCAUGUCGCAAUUUGACCACAAAGUUUGGAUAUCCGCGCUCUCGUACCCACUACGAAUCCUUCGGCGGGGCUUCAGUGGGCAAGGGCGAGCCAUUUGAAGUUGAGAUCAAGCGAAUUGGUAGAAUCCUUCCAGUACCCCAGGAGAAGUCACUCUUGGAUGUUUUGGUUGAGGCAGGUUUUGAUGUUGAAUCCUCGUGCCUUGUUGGAAAUUGUGGCACAUGUAUGGUGGACCAUUGUGGAGGAGAAAUUGUUCACAAUGGCGUUGCACUCGACGAAGAACAGAAGGAGACCACCAUGUUGAGUUGUGUGAGUCGUGGAAAAGGGCGCAUAAGGAUUGACUGUGAAGAAGUAUGA